AUGAAAGUGAUAUUUCAGUCACCACCGAUAACGCUUUCGGCGAUGGGCACCGCAACAGGCGCUGGUAUGAUUACGUCGCACCAGCAAAGUAACGAUUCCUUCUAUGUGCAGCUGGAUUUAUCACAGUUUAAACCUGAGGACUUGAAAGUAUCGGUGGGGAAUUCUCACAUAAUCGUUGAAGCAAAACAUGGCGAACGAGAGGAUGAAUUUGGUUUGGUGGAGCGUCUUUUGAUCAGGUUUCAUAUAACACUGCCGUAA